GGAAUUUCUACACUAAAAGCAAUUGCAACUUUUGCAUGCUUUGGCGGCCAGCUAUGGGUUGUAAGCCACAAUUACUUUGUGUCCAGAUAUAUCAAUACAUAUACGUUUCUUACUUUUGUGUAUAAAUGGCAAGCAGCUCGAACUAUUCAUCGAAUUUAGUUGUGCCAAUCGACGAUCUUGUGAAUUGUCGAAGCGUUGAGAAGCAAAAAUUAGAAUUUAAAAAAUCGUGGAACAACGGCCCAACAAAAUUUCAAAUAAUCAAGACUAUCAGUGCCUUUGCAAACGACUUUUACAACGACAAUGGGGGCUACAUAAUUAUUGGUGUUGCAGAGGAUGAUAGUGAAGAAACCGAUGAACAAAUUGAACUACCACCAGUCGGUAUCAAGGGGAAGGAUCUUGAACGGAUACAAAAGGAAAUUUUCGGCGCUUGUAAGAGCCUCAUCAAGCCUCUUUACGUUCCGAUAGUAUCCCCUGAAGUAGUCCAAGGGAAACACGUUUUAGUCAUAUGGGCUCAAGCCAGUGACAAUCGACCCCAUAAAGCUAGAGUGGCUACGAAGGGAGACUAUCAAUAUUUUAUUCGUAAAGGGCCUGAAACCACUCAGGCAAGUGACGAUGAAAUUAAAGUUUUGCUGGAGAACGCGCAAAAGAUACCCUUUGACGAUCGAAUGGCACGACCAGAAUAUAUAAGUUCAAGAAUUCGAAUUGAUCACAAUGCCAUAGGUUACCGGCUUGUAAUGGCCUUCCUCGACGACGUGGGUAGCUGCAUGGAAAGAAGCAAAAAUCGUAAUAUUCUUCAGAAAUUAAACCUUGUUGUACCGUUCGGUAAUAAAGCGAUCGAUGGGCGCUUCACACCAGUCUUGAUGCCAAAGAAUGUUGCCCUUCUCAUGUUUAAUCGUGUCCCGCACGAAUAUUUUCCGGGGGCAAAAAUUGAAGUUACUCAAUUUACAAGAGAUAAUACAGUUAUCUUCAGCAGUGAAAAGGAAUUUACCGGUCCAUUGCAGAAGCAAAUUAAAGAAUGCAUGGAUUAUGUUUUUUCUACGACGAAGAAGGAGGAAUCAAUAAGCUUGGUAACAUAUCCUCACCAGGCUCUGCGAGAAUCCAUUGUUAAUGCCGUUUAUCAUCGGGGGUACGAACCCGAGCAUGACAGCUCUACUAAAGUGUACAUACGACCCCACUGCUUGGAGAUAAUCAGUUACCCUGGACCACACCCAAGUCUAAAAGAAGAAGAUUUCACAAAAGGAUCAGUUCCACCGGUUCAAGCAAGAAACCGAAGAAUUGGUGAAUUUCUUAGAGACCUCUGUUUGGCUGAAGCUCGUAAUACUGGUAUCCAAACAAUAUUUCGCACGAUGGAGAAUAACGAAAAUCCAAUCCCAAAAUUUGAUUUCGAUCCUACAUACUUCCGUGUAACCUUGCCUGCUCAUCCGAAGUUUCAAGCCGCUAUGUUAAUGAAAGAAGUUCAGGAGUUGGAGGCUGGUGGAAAAAAUUUGGAAGCAAGCGAGGUUCUGCAAAAGGCAUUUGAUAAGGAUCCAAAGAUAAUUAGCCAACGUUUAAUACAACAACUGAUAACCUUGUUAGGUAAUAAUUGCGAGCAUCCCACUGUGAAAAAAUAUGAACGCUAUAUCGAGGCUAACACAAAAAAACGAUGUGAGCUGCUAAAAGAGCUAGGGCAGUGGUUGGAAGACAAAGAGCUUGCACGAAGCAGCAUACCUGCUGGAGUUUUAUUAGUUGAGAAAUUGAUUAAAGCCGAUGCUGACGUAGAUGAAUUAUCGGGCGUAACCGAAUUUGUUUGUGAGCUAUGUACUGAACGAACAGUUAAUAAGCGAAGAUUAAAGCUGAAAUCAAAUCAAGCAGCCCACCAGCUAUUAGAAGCCUAUGGCCGUCGCUUAAUAUCUCAACACGGCAACCUUGCAUACCAUUUUGCAUGUACAAAGUAUAAUAUAUUCAAGAUCAAAACGGAUAAAAAGGAUACGCGGUCUAUUCUAGGGCGAAACAUGCCAAUCUUGAAUUAUCUUGUGGAUGCCCGUGACCUUCUAGAGAAUGCGGUUAGAAUGUCCACCGAAAAAGAGGAUCCCAAACUCUUUGGUGAACAGCAAAGGCAGCUUGGUUAUAUUAUUGGUAAUUUGCAUCACUUUAGGAAGGCAAGAAAUUCUGACAUGCAGGAGUGUUUCAAAAAGGCCGUAGAGGCCUAUCCAAAUAUUAAAAUAAAUUUAUUUGAGGUAAAUUUGAAGUAAAGGAACGGUGAAUCGGUGACUGCAGACGGCGCACUGUUUGACAUUAGUGGAUAGAUCUGGCCAUACUCAGUAUUUUUUUUAAUGACAUAUUGAAAAAAAAUGAGCAAACACGAGUUGCAUGAAAUAUCUUGAUAAACAUCACACAUGUUUCAACCUCUGCGUUGGAUUCUCGGAUUUUUAUGGCUUAGGUUUCUUAUAUAGGUUAUUGUAUCUUGUAUAAAUUUUUUAAAUUAACG